CUUGAGACCCACACAGUGCUUGUUCGUCAGAGAAGACGCUCUUCUGAGGUCACUGAGUCCCGGGGGCGAGACUGAGCCUUCCCUAUAUAAUCUUCCCGGUUUGGUGGAUGAAACCAGCGCACUAAAACAGAUAGGAGACAAAGCAAACACACACACUGAACAGAAAAACAUGGUGAAGAUCACCUUCCAGCCAGUUUCGGCGCAGAAACCUGAAAAAGACCAGGAUGGAGACAAGAUCAAUAUACCUCAGGCUCACGAGCAGCUGGUACUUCCUGUCAGGUCCAAGAAGCCUUUCCCAACUGGCCUGUGCUGCCUCACCUUUGGUCUGGUGGUCUUCAUGUUGGGAUUGAUACUGGCCUCCAUCUACGUCUAUCGCUACUAUUUUAUACCUCAACAGAUCCCAGAAGACAGUCUGUUCCACUGUCGGGUUGUCUAUGAGGACUCGGUGUACGCUCCUCUAAGGGGCCGGCAAGAACUGGAGGAAAAUGUCGGCAUUUACCUUGACGACAACUAUGAACAGAUUAGUGUACCCGUACCACACUUUGGAGGCAGCGACCCUGCUGACAUCAUUCAUGACUUUCAGAGGGGUCUCACAGCCUAUUAUGACAUUGCUCUGGACAAGUGCUACAUCACUGAGCUGAACACAACGUUGGUUAUGCCUCCACGCAAUCUGUGGGAGCUGCUCGUCAACGUCAAGAGAGGGACAUACCUUCCUCAGACUUACAUCAUCCAGGAAGAGAUGGUGGUGACGGGGAGGGUGAGGAGCAUGAGGCAGCUGGGCCCGUUCAUCCACCGGCUCUGCUACGGCAAAGAAACCUACCGCCUCAGACGCCGCAACCAGCGUAGACGUAUUGAAAGGCGUGAGACCAAGACCUGCCACAGCAUCCGUCAUUUUGAGAACACUUUUGUGGUUGAGACCGUAAUCUGCGACAGGCCGUAAAUCUGGAGCAGCAAUCACUGAAGCCAACUUAAAACCAUACCUCUUGAAUUCUUUAGGCUUAUAACUGCACUUUACGAGCAAGUAUUUGUCCAACGGUUUCAAUUCAGUGUUGUCGUUUUUUGUCUCUAGUUGGAAAUGCUCUUUUAUUUUAUUCAUGUACAAUGUUGAUGUCUUUUUUUAUUCAGAUGGUCUGUAUAUCUGGAUGAUGUUAUAAAUGUGUCUGGAUAUAUGUGUAGCUUAUCAUGUUGUGUAAAAUUGGAUGUCGAUGUGUGUUUUCAUCAAAAUACUUGAUUUCUUUGAUUGAUUUUAGAAACCCAGUGCACUGUGGACGAGGCUUCUUGCACUGUGUACUUAUAUGGAUAUCUGUUUUUUGGUUGUGUUUUAAUUUUGUUUUGAAUGUCAAAAAUGGCAAAACAUACCUCAUGUAGUUUAGACAUUUUUUUGUUUCGUUUAUUUAUGUUUCAUUUUUAAAUGGUGUAUAUAACUUUGAUUGUUCUUAAGCAAUAUAUACUGUAAAUUAAGUUUGUUCUGAAUUUCAUAUUGUUACAUGCAUAGAUUUUUAAAUGAAAUCAACUUGUUUUGUGAAGGAUCAUUUCUUUUAGUCUGUAAUUUCCUUUGGUAUCACACCUUCAUACUCCUUGGAUGUAAACGGCUUUAGACUGUACUUAGUAGCAGUGCUUUAGACGGACAGAAGGAACCAAAGUCUGCAGUCAGCGAUGCUUAAUGCUAAGGACAUAAAAGUUAAAGGAUGCUUUAUAGUUUAGAUCAAACUGUAGAUGAUAUCAAAGGCUAAAACUCUUUUUUGUCUUGCUCUUCCUCUUCUUCCCUUUGGAUUUGCCUGUUGUCUUUAGCUUUUGCUAAUUCCCAGGCCUUCCUAUCUUGGCAUUAUUAUUCCCACAGUGUUAAUCUGUCCCAACUUUAAAGGAAUUGGGGGUGUCUUUCUAAUGUACAACUUGGAGCAAAUACAUCUAUGUUGAUAAGACUUGGUCAUGUUUGUCUUUCUCAUUGUCUGGAAUACAUUAUUUCGCUGUAUAUUAGAUUCUUCUUGUAAUAUCUUGCUGCUUUAAGAAUAAAUGAUCAACCUUU